AGUGUCAGUGAUACAGGUGCGCUUGCACGAGACGGAACUAGGAAGGCGCAACUUCCUUCCAUCAGCACUUGGUGGUGCAAUCAACCGCGCGUCUCACUGCAUGCAGUUCAAAGUCUCACGCUAGGCUCGCGUUCACUUCUGAAUAAAUUAGUGCUGGAUGAACAAUGCCCGGUGAUUAUUCUACAUUUUUGUCAGACAAUGAACUCAGUUUCCACGAGAGUGAUGAACGUGUGUUGAACUUGUAGGAGUGUAGUAAGAGUUGUUUUAGGAAUGGAAAAAUGGAUGCGAUUCUAUGGAAGGUGAAGUUUCUAGUGGAGGAUAAUUGUUGAGAUCAACAAUUUUACUAAAUCAUUAUUGCUCUAUCCAACAAGUUGAAUAUUUUAUAAAUUGGGAAUGUUAUGUGAGACGAUUUUGGGGAUUGAUAGUUAAAACAAAGUUCAUACAAUUUCGCAGAGCUGUAUGAGUGGUUAAUUUUGGACUGUUUACUAAAUCUGUCUUAGAAAAGUCCAGUUUGAGAAUGUUAAUAGUAGAAUUUCUAAGUGUGCAGUUUGAUAAGAAUAAGCUUCCGAACUAAAAUAGCUGCUAUACAGAAAAUUUAAUUGAGAACUGAGUAUCGUGUUUCUGAAUUGAACCUGUGAUUGUGUGAUUUUUUAAAGUUUACUUGAGUAUUAUGAUCGGUUUGGUGAAAUAGAAAUCAUGAACCGAUAUUACGAAGCUUACCCGCGUCGUUCAGGGAUUCUGACAUUGCCACCCCCGCCUCUAACAGACCCUUCAGCUACGUGGACCUCUUACAACUCGGAGCCGGUACGCGGUGGAGAACGCAUCAAACCCGAGAGAAGCCGCCAUGGGGUGAGUGUUCAGAAAAUGCAAUGGAGAAACUCACACUGGGUGGAUGGAUUCCCUGAAAUGGUCAGCUCCAUGACAAUUGCUGACGUCAGUCCACGUUUCGCUGUUAAACGAAUUCUUCUGCUGUAUGAGAAUGCUCAGUACCGUGAGGCGGCCAACUUUGUCAACAGAUUGAGUCAUGGCACAUUCAAAGCUAUCCUGCCUCAGCUUCCCAUUGAUGUUUUCAUAGAAGCUAUGCCGCACUCUGUGUUGAUUCUGGAAGCAUUAUAUGCUAAAGUUUUCCUCAGUUCUGAUUGUGGGGUGAAAAUGCUGCGUCCGGAAAAUGUACUCAUGCAAUUGGUGAAGGUUUUCUCGGGCGGCAGUGCUGAGAGAUGGUUGGCAAGCAGUAGAAAGCUGUUGAAAGUUAUUGUACUCUCCGAGCCAAAACUGAGGAAAGCUCUCCAGGUACGUCGUAGAGCACUAGACAAGGCGGUAGAAGGUUUGGGCCAGCAUGGAUUGGUGGGAACAAGCGAUGAAACCCUCACAAAUCUACACGAUGCUCUCAAAGUGGAGUUCCAGAGACUGGCUGACACCUACAAAACUGCUCUACAGAAGUUGGAGGAGCUGAGCCUGUCGGGUCGUCGCGACGGCGUCUCCAAGGGUCCAGCACCCGUCCAGGCGUCGCAUCAGAGACAGCUCUCAUUGAGACAGAGCGACAUCCAGGAGCGUCUCAUCAAGAACAAAACACUGCUCAAUGUCGUCGAGCCGGCCAUCAGCAAUCGAUCGCUGGCAAUAUUACUCACAAUUCUGCAAAGACGUGUUGAAUGUGACAAGGACGCUCUGUUUCAAUUCACACAGCUGAGGAAGGAGCUGAAUGUUGAACCUGACCAUGUCGUUGCACCUCUGCUCAUGAGAUACUCGCAUGCCUGUGACCAGGUUCUCGAACUGAUGAAGGAGGUGGGAGAGGAUGAAGAUUCAAGUGACAUUUCUGGAUACCACUCAGACUCCGACAGUGCAAUAAUGAUGUCAGGAAAUUCGCCUUACGUCAGCAAAAGGGCAAGACACAACUUUCUCACCAGAUCUGAGCUGAGUGGACCACGACUUGUUCGAUGCUACGGCACACUGUACUCACAAGCAAGGGUCGAUGCUCUUGACUCUCUCGACUCCUUGCCACAACUGCAAGAAGCAUCUGAAUUGAAAUCUAAAAUCCUUUUUUCAAUUGUAGUGCUGGCGUUCCGCUCAACACAGAGCCUUUUGAACAGUAAAAGAGAUCAGGUGAGAAGGAUUCUGUUGGCGUCGACACCUCCUGGGCCGGCGCAUACAGAUCUCGAGUCGGCCAUUGCUGCUUUCCUUCACCGUACUGUGGACACUUUCGAUCUUGGUCACAGUAUAGAGGAGGUGAGCUCGCAGCUGUGGGCAACACUAUAUGAUUAUCCUUGUUUGAAAAUGUGCCCUGGACUUCUGCAAUACAUAAGGGAUUCAGUAAGACUCGCUUGGGCUCUAGCCAAUCAGACACCUGCCUAUGUACUGGAGUACGAGCAGCGAGUGUUCAGGCGAGAACUGCACGUUCGAUUCCACACAUCCAAGAGUGAUAGUGACCAAAUACGAACAUAUUUGUGGCCAGCCCUGCUCGAGGGACCAGGGGGACCCUGUGUACACAAAGCAGUCGUCAUCACAUAACCAUUACCUAAUACAAGUUUCAUAACAACUUUUCAACUUGCUCAAGCAUUGCCAGCAACCGAUUCAAAGUUAUAGACUAUAUUAAUUUUCCUUCCCGAUUAUUUCCCGAGUUUAGUUUGUUAUAUAGCUGCUCCUUCCCCUAAUCCACUUUCCAAUUUAUUAUAAAUCAAUUACCUAUUGAAUAAUUUUAAGGUUAUAAAUGAAUUGAAAUCAUCGAUUUGUUGUAAUUGAACAGUACUGUAUUUAAUAAAAUCUUGUUCGUAUUGAUGAAGAAGAUUUGAGUAGACUAGGCCUAGUACUCAUUAGUAGUAAGUAUAAAUCUUUUAUCCAAUAUUUCUUCAUAAUAUUCAUCGAAUAGUACUGUCAUAUUCUUAAUUUCGUACAAGAUACAGGACUUUUGGAGAAUUUUGUUUUCAAUUAUUUAUUCAGAUCAAAAGAUAUAUUUUUGAAUGGUAGUUGUAAUGGGUCGCAUGAAUUGGGAAUAUCUGGAACUCAAAAAAACUUGCAGCUAGCCAGAAUUGGAAAUAUAUGGAACUCCAAAUAUGUUGACAGGCGGAACUCAGAAUAUCGUGCAGGCCGGCGGAACUCAAAAUAUCUUGUCAGCUGGUGGAAUUGGAAGUAUGUGGAAUUGGAAAUAAUUAUAUCGAACUCACAAUAUCGAUCGUUAUUAGCGAGACUGUGUAGAUGUGGGAUGAAACAAAUUUAUUGCAAAACAAAUGAAGGGUUCUAUAGUUAACCUAAAAUAAAUUCAUCAACACAUCAACAGUCGUUAGUUUUGUUUGAAACAGAUAACAGAGUUUUGAAAACUUGCAUAAUAUGUACAUGACUAUUAUUUAAUAAACCAAUAUAAUUUUAAUAUAUAAUGAGCUAUGAAUUACCCUAAGUGGGAUAAUUAGUCCAUAUCAUUCCAGAAAAUAAGUCAGACUUGAACCAUUUCUCAAUCACAAACACAUAACCCGUACUCCCACUUUGGCACCGAUAUUUUGAGUUCCAGAUAUUUCCAAUUCCGCCAUCUGACAAACAAAUAAUUUGAGUUCCAGAUACUCCCAAUUCCGCCUAGCAACAUAUUUCGAGUUCCGGAUAUUUCCAAUUCCGCUGUUUGACAAGUAUUCGGAGUUCCACCCAGCAACAGUUUUCAAGCAUAGGACAUUUAACAUUGAUAUUUUGAGUUCCAGAUAUUUCCAAUUCCUCGGCCCUGUUGUAAUUAGUAUUCGUAAUGAUGGUACAGAUAAUGUUAAAUUACCAUAUGGCCCUUCUUUCAAUGCUGUUGUUCCAUUUCCCUUGAAGAAUAUAGUGUAUCCUAUGUUAAAAAGCUCACAAGGAACCCAAAUUAAUAAUCUACCAUGUAUUUUUGUAAUAGCAGAGAAAGAAUAAAUUGUGCUCUUCUGGAUACUUAAGUAGAAGAAAAAUUAUUUCAGUUUAACAAGAAGACUUUGGAAUCUUAACUUACUAUGUGAUCGAUGUGGAACUUGUCACAAAGUAGAAGAUUCAGAGAGAACAUUCUUACCGGCUAUUGUUUCGCCUAAUGUGCAGUAUCAACGUAUACCGGUAGAAAGCGCUUGUAUACGCAAAUGACGAUUUCUGUCUGAGCUGGAUUAGUGCUGUUGUAGAGGCACGUAGUGGGGAGUCAAUGGCAUCCUACACUUCCCUCUCCAACAAACCAGUUCACACCACUCUCUCCCCCAGCAAAACAACUGCUGGCAGCAUGGCUUGAGGCAUCUACAGUAGCGCCAUUUUACUAAACUGCUAGGGGGGCGGAAGACCAUGUGUUAUGAGGGGGGAAAGGAAUACCCCAUAGGAUAGAGGGUCCUAGGUUUUCCCCCAUAAAUUUUUCAUUCGAAGAUGUUAUUAUAUGCUUCAUUUUUCCAGUCUUAUACACAUGUGGUUGAAGUAUCAAUACAAACAUACAUUAUUAGUUAAUAAAUCAUGAAAUAUUUAUUAGAAAUACAAGCCUGAAGAGAGAACCCAAAGAAGGAAUACACUGAAAUAGAUUUCUUGAAAAUCAUGGAAACAUGUACUUUUUCUUUUACAAUGACAAUUUCAUUAGGGAUCAUAUUCUAAUUGGAAAAUAACUUUCAGUUGGAAAGCUAAAGAAACAUUAAGCUGUUCCCAUAAUUCUCACCAACUCUGUGUACAUACAUUUUUGAUUGUCUGAUUGUGCCCUUUCUUUUGCUCUCACUGUGACAUCUUUCAACUUGUUAAUUCGCACAUUGAAAUUUAUGCAAUAACUCACUUAUUGUGCACUGAUCAAUAAUAAUUAUUGUACCCAUUCUAUAUUUAAGCUUCAACUAUACCACAGAGAAAAAUAUAUUCUUUAUUACUCCAUACCCAUAGCCAUACUUUCAAGGCAAUUUUGCUACAUUGUUGAUACUGUAGAAGGAAUUAUACUACUGCUGUUUAAAAAAAGUAUCAAAUUAGUAUGAGAUUCUAAGAAUUUGUGUAGAUAGACCCGCAUUUUCAUUAUUCAUGUGAUCCUUGGGGAGCCUAGGCCCCUCUGCCCCCCUUAAAUGGCGCCCCUGGGCAUGUCAUUGUUUUGAUAAUAAUACAUAGAAUAGACAUGUUUUUUUCUUAUUGUAAUCACUUGCUACUCUCAACUCUCCAGAUCGCAUGAGCACUACGUCUCCAAUGACCAAGUGGAUUAAUUUUUAUUUGUAAUCAACAAGAAGAAGAAAACAAUAAGUGAAUCAGUGGCCAGAUAAACUAUUGUCCAUUAUAAAAAUGUAGCAUAAUCCAAACUUUAUUACAUUAUGUACUUCAAUUCAAUAAUUGAAAAAAAUUUAAAUCGAACUAAUUUAAUCCACAAUUGCGAUUUUUAACUUAAAAAUUGAGAAAGAGCAUGGAAUAGUUUUAAUCAUGACAUGUUCUUGAGGUGCUGUGUAAUGCAGCAUUAUAUUUUUCUAUUAUUGUUCUAAAAUGAUUUUAAUAAAUGAUGUCAAAACUGCUCAUUAAAAAUAAUAUUAUUUCAGUU